CAGUGACGCGCAGCUCAGGAGAACGAACCUCUGCUGAGACUGAAGGGAUGAAGAGAUGAAGAGAGGAGAGAAGAAGGUUGUCCAGACUGACCGAUGGACAUCUAACUCACUGCUGAAGACUGCUCAUCUGCAGUGUGACCCGAAGAAUCGCAUUUGACUUUGUUUCGUUCUUUUUCGAUCUGGGAAGCACUCUGCUGCACGAUAACACGGACACAGAUGCGAGUUUGUUGUGAGUCUUUGCUGCACUUACAUACCUGUAAAUUAUUUGUUGCUUUAUUACGUAUGCAAGUCUGCACGCAGUGACGUGUUGAAUUGAUUUAAGCGUCGGUUUAGAUAGAUUUUUGAUUCACAUUUUUUACAGUAAAAUAACAUUCAUUAUGCGAAACAGAAGCCACGAUGAAAUGAUUUUAUGUAUUGCAGUUUUCACCAUCCACUGUUAAAUGAUAAGUUUGUCUUAUAAAUACACAGUAUCCACAGAAUUUGAGUCAGUUCAGUUUUAUCUGCAGUUUCACAUCAUCAGUCAGCUCGGGACACUUAAUGUGAGGUCAGGACCUUACUGUUUGUUUUGGAGCUGCUGCAAAAUUAUUUUCAUCUUUUUGAACUCAUAGCAGUCUUGAUUGGAAGUCAGGUGUUUGUUGUUGGCUCUACAGAUCCAGUGGUCCAGAGGCCUCUCUGUGCACAUGAUGUUGUUGGUUAGAGGCAAGUAAAGCGUCGUUCCACCUCACCUCCAAGCAACUUAGCAAAAUGCUGACUCCUUUGUGAGGGUCGAAAGAUGAACGCCUCCAGUUGCAGUGAUCCUCCAGUCAGCAUGUAUCAGCAGAGCUCAGGAUUUGACCUCAAUGCCAGCUGUGACUGGCUGCUUCCUCAGUGUAACUGGACAUCAGUGGACAGAGCUCCACAGCUGCCUACCUUUACUACAGCGGCCAAAGUCAGAGUCAUUAUUACCGUCAUCCUGUGUGGCAUUUCCACUUUUUGCAAUCUGGCUGUUCUUUGGGCAGCCAAUGGGCACAAGCGCAAAUCCCACGUGCGAGUGCUAAUAAUCAACCUGACUGCAGCUGAUCUUUUGGUUACCUUCAUUGUGAUGCCUGUGGAUGCCGUUUGGAACUUCACAGUGCAGUGGCUGGCUGGCGAUCUGGCCUGCAGAUUCCUCAUGUUCCUUAAGCUGCAGGCCAUGUACUCCUGUGCCUUUGUCACAGUGGUGAUCAGUCUGGACAGGCAGUCGGCUAUUCUCAACCCUCUGGCCAUCAGCAUGGCUCCGAAGAGGAACAGGAUCAUGUUAACAGUGGCAUGGACGAUGAGCGCCUUGUUCUCAAUCCCACAGAUAUUCAUUUUCCAUAAUGUGACCAUCACCUAUCCAGCAAACUUCACUCAGUGCACCACUAGAGGGAGCUUCGUCAGUCACUGGCAAGAAACAGCAUACAACAUGUUUACCUUCUGCUGCCUCUUCCUGCUGCCACUGGUCAUCAUGAUUAUCUGCUACACCAGAAUCUUCAUCCAGAUCUCCAAGCAGAUGACCAAAAAGAACUUGUCCUCCAGUGAACCACAUCUUCGCUGCUCAAAGAACAACAUCCCCAAAGCACGAAUGAGGACUCUGAAAAUGAGCAUCGUCAUUGUGAUCUGCUUCAUAGUGUGCUGGACUCCAUACUAUCUGCUGGGUCUGUGGUACUGGUUCUUCCCAGAUCACCUGGAGGGGAAGGUCUCUCACUCCCUUACCCACAUCCUGUUCAUCUUCGGGCUUUUCAACACCUGCCUGGACCCCAUCAUCUACGGCCUGUUCACCAUACGUUUCCGAAGGGGGCUGAGGAAUUGCUACCACAAAGCCACAGUAAUGUCCGGCUUGGAAACUAACAUGAUCAUAACCAAGUCCCUGAAUUGUCCUGCAGCCACUUUACCCAGUAAAAGAGGGAUAACCGCUGAUGAAAAGGACAACAGUUGUGAACAGACUAAAGCCAAAUUUACUGACAGCAGAGUCUAACUGUGUUCAUUCAGGGAAGAGGAGGGCAGCUUUGCUGUUUCAGCUCUGUUUUCAGCAAAAUAUGAUAAAAUAAGAGCAGAACAAGACACUUAAUGAACUGGAUGAUAUCAUCUUUGGGGUUAUUUGUUUACUGAACAUUUGUUUCUUAAUCACUCCCAACAUGCAUGUGUUUGUAUCCACGUGUUUUUGUGUGCUUCAGGAUGUCCACCUUACUUCAAAUGUCACAUAACCUCUUUAUAAACACAGUAAAUGUGUUUGGAGCUGUUUAAUGGUUUUUAUGUUGUGUAACUGGCUCCCAUUUUACAUCUGCUGAAUACAGUAUACACUCACCAGGCUCUGCCAACAGCUCUGACAUUAAAUGGUGAAGAAAAGACGUAGUUGCCUGGUUACACACUGCUGCUGCCUAUGUUCUGACCUUUGUGCUUUUACACACACCUAGAGGUCGAUCAGGGAGCCUGGAUGACUGUUGGUGUUACUGAAGCUGCAAAUUUUCAUUUACAGAUACAACAAGACAAAAACAUAUGAUCCAGCCUAAUCCCUUAGGAAAAACACAGAGUAUGUUGACAGUAAUAUCUAAAUAAUGAGUCAUAAUAUUAUUUGUGCAAUGAAGAAAUAGAAGAAUUCCAUCCAGUGGUUCUGUAGAAAACAAAACCCCCUCAAGUCCCUCCAGCGGAUUUGAGUGUGUAACUACGGUAGGUUCUUUCAAAGCCAACACUUUGAUUUGUUGUAGUAGGAAACUGACAGGUUCUACUAAUUCUAUUAUUCACAGUGUCACAGUGAGCAAGUCUGCACAAUUCCACAAGCCUGAAAGUGACACAGCUCAUUAUUUACAGCUAUUUAUGCUGAAAAUGUAUGCUGAAAGAAAGUUCCACAUUUUACGACACUCUAGUAGAACAAACUGAAGAGAUCUUGUCUUUUUUUUUUUACUUUUUCUGUGCAGUGUAUUCUUUUACAGGAUGGAACAUGAAAAAAAUAUUCAGAUUACACUAAUUGUUAAAGGCAUAGUCCAUAUUUGCAGUUCUUCAUACUCCAUAUGGAUUAUGUAAAGAAUCUGCUGUUUCACAUGUAUAAAAAAUGAAAGGAAUUUUUUUUUCAGCCUAUAAAAUGCAUAAUUAACAAAAUAAAUGUUUCUGAACAUGACACACUGUCUGGCAAAACUAAUGUGUUUAGAGAAGAAAAGAAAAUUGAGAAGUUUAAAAAUAGCCUAAUGCAAUAAAUGUUAAAGUUUUGGAGCAUUUUCCGUAAAGCAGUCAGCUGGACUACCACUAUAUUAACUGACUGCAGCAACUAAUUUCAUCUUUUACUUUCUUGGGCUCAGAAGUCGACUACUAGCCUCUCGCUCAGAUCUGACGUUGGCUUCAUCUUGCCAGGUGUUAAACUAUGGGAUUGUUGUCAUUCAGUUCGGCUGUUUGCAAGUACUACUCCCUGUUAUAGUUUUCUUGUAAAUUUGUAAUAAAGAUAAUUGCAUUCAA